AAAUGGAAGGAAAAAGAGGAAGAAAAAGAAUGGAGGGACAACCAACCUGCUCUCCUUCCCUCUGCAACACUAAACCGCCUCUUCUUCAUCGUAAAUGCUCACAAAUUUUCCCUUUUAGCUUUCUACAAUUUAAAUUUCUAUCAAUUUGCCAUUUUUUGUAAUAUAUAAUCGCAUUGCUGCUUUUCCGUUACAAGACGCCGUUGAAUCGUUGAUCGUAUCGCAUUGGAUUCAUCGAAUGCAGAAUCAGCCGAUCGGCAUUGCUGGAUCAAUUUCGCCCGAUCGCGGCGGUGCUAAUCGAAGAAAUUCAAACGUAGCGUGAUCUGAAAAUCGACGUCAAUGUCGUGGGGGCUGGGCUGGAAGCGACCUACGGAGGUCUUCCACCUGACAUUGAGUUACGGCCAGGAUGUCGAGACGAUCGAGGAAGUAUCGCCGAGGUCAUCGCAGUCGUCAUCCGUUUUCUCAGGCUCGUCCCCCUCGUCUCAGGAGGAUGCCGCGGCGGCGGCUCUCGUUGCCAAUAGCAGCGCCAAUCCGGAUCAAUUAGGGUUUAAGAUUGAGCUGGAUUGGAACGCCAGCGACGGCGAUGAUCAAGUGGCGCUGAAGCUGCAAUCGCAGGUGAUGGUCGCCUUGCCGACGCCGCAGGACACCGUUGAGGUUGAAUUGACGGAGAGGGUGCAGGACGGAGAUCACGAGGUUGAUUUGGAGAACGGUGAAGGCGAGCGAAUGGGGACGGUGGGGGUGGAGAUGCGGGUGGUCAAGAGGAGGGAGCCGCUGAAGGGGGUUAUAAUGUGGAAAGCGGCGGGAUCGGGGCAACAGACUGAUGGCGGAAUGGGGGUGUUGGUGAAGCUAAUGAGGUUGAAUUUUGCCAACGGGGUUGCAGAUGCGGUGGCUGUGGGGUCUGAAUGUGCUGAUCAUUGGCGGAAUGUUUCUGUCGUCAGCCUCUGUGGUCUUGGAUUAUCCGCAUUGCCCGUCGAGAUAACCCGUCUUCCUCUUCUUGAGAAACUGUAUCUUGAUAACAAUAAGCUUUCAGUUUUGCCACCUGAGGUUGGUGAGCUGAAACACUUGAAAGUUCUUGCUGUAGAUUAUAACAUGCUCGUUUCCGUGCCUGUUGAGUUAAGGCAGUGUGCUGGUCUUCUUGAGUUGUCCUUGGAACAAAACAAACUGGUUCGCCCUAUUCUUGAUUUCAGGGCUAUGUCAGAGUUGCGUGUAUUGAGACUUUUCGGGAACCCCCUUGAAUUUCUUCCUGAUAUUUUGCCAUUAAAUGAACUCCGACACUUGUCCCUUGCAAAUAUUCGGAUUGUGGCUGAUGAGAACUUGGUAACACUUGAUGUACAGAUUGAGAUGGAGAAUAGUUCUUAUUUUGUUGCAUCUCGGCAUAAAUUGAGUGCCUUCUUUUCUCUUGUAUUUCGUUUUUCCUCUUGCCAUCACCCUUUACUGGCAUCCGCUCUUGCUAAGAUAAUGCAAGAUGAGGGAAACCGUGUGGUGGUGGGAAAAGACGAGAAUGCUGUGCGGCAGCUCAUAAGUAUGAUAAGCAGUGAAAACCAGCAUGUGGUCGAACAAGCUUGCUCUGCGCUUUCAAAUCUUACUUCAGAUAGUUCAGUAGCAAUGCAACUUAUGAAAUCUGAUAUCAUGCAACCUAUUGAGAGAGUGCUGAAAUCCACUGGGUCAAAGGAAGUUAUCUCUGUCUUACAAGUUAUGGUCAAGUUAGCUUUUACAUCGGAUAUUGUAGCUCAGAAAAUGCUGACAAAAGAUAUUUUGAAGUCGCUGAAGUUAUUGUGUGCUCACAAGAAUCCUGAGGUCCAAAGGUUGGCGUUGUUUGCUAUUGGAAAUUUCGCCUUUUGUUUGGAAAAUCGCCGUGCACUUGUCACGUCAGAAAGUCUGCAUGAACUUCUUCUGAGACUAACAACUGCACCUGAGCCAGGUGUAUGUAAAGCUGCAGCCCGUGCUUUGGCAAUAUUAGGGGAGAAUGAGAUUCUGCGCCGUGCUAUAAGAGGAAGACAGAUUCCCAAGCGAGGAUUACGCAUACUUACAAUGGAUGGUGGUGGAAUGAAGGGAUUGGCGACGGUUAAGAUGCUAAAAGAAAUUGAGAAGGGUACUGGAAAACAAAUUCAUGAGCUUUUUGACCUUAUCUGUGGAACAUCCACAGGCGGUAUGCUUGCUGUUGCUCUUGGAAUAAAAUCAAUGUCAUUGGAAAAGUGUGAAGAAAUAUACAAAGAACUUGGGAAACUCGUGUUUGCUGAACCUGUUUUUAAGGAAAAUGAAGCAGCAACAUGGAGAGAAAAACUGGAUCAACUGUACAAGAGCUCAUCACAGAGUUUCCGUGUUGUAGUUCAUGGAUCUAAACACAGUGCAGAUCAGUUCGAAAAACUGCUGAAGGAGAUGUGUGCUGAAGAGGAUGGAGAUCUCCUAAUAGAAUCAGCUGUUAAAAAGGUCCCCAAGGUUUUUGUAGUGUCUACUCUGGUCAGUGUUGCACCAGCUCAGCCAUUUAUAUUUCGAAAUUACCAGUACCCUGUUGGAACACCAGAGCUUUCUUUUGCAGUUUCUGAGAACUUGAUAAAUGGAGGACAAGGAGUUGCAACUACUGGAGCUCAGGUUGGAUACAAAAGAAAUGCUUAUAUUGGAAGCUGCAAGCAUCUAGUAUGGCAGGCCAUAAGAGCGUCGUCUGCGGCACCAUAUUAUUUAGAUGAUUUCUCUGAUGGUAUAUAUCGCUGGCAAGAUGGGGCAAUUGUAGCUAAUAACCCUACAAUUUUUGCAAUACGAGAAGCACAACUUUUGUGGCCUGAUUUGAAAAUAGAUUGUUUAGUUUCAAUUGGCUGUGGGUCUGUUCCAACAAAGGUUCGCAAAGGCGGCUGGCGUUAUUUGGACACUGGACAAGUGUUGAUUGAGAGUGCUUGUUCUGUUGACCGCGUAGAGGAAGCUUUAACUACACUGCUUCCUAUGCUGCCAGAUGUACAAUAUUUUCGAUUCAAUCCAGUUGAUGAACGUUGUGAUAUGGAACUUGAUGAGACUGAUCCAGCAAUCUGGUUGAAGUUAGAGGGUGCUACAGAGGAGUACAUCAAGAAUAAUUCUAUGGCAUUCAAGAAUCUUGCUGAAAGAUUGCUCGAGAGUACGCUUGAUGAUAAAUUCCCAGAUAGUGUCAAGUCUCAGCUCAGAGCAAAGGUGUCAAAUGACAACACUGCCUGUUUGGGCUGGAGACGUGGCGUACUUCUUAUAGAGGCGUCCAAUAGUCCAGAUUCUGGUAGAGUUUUUCAUCAUGCACGCUCACUUGAGACAUUUUGUGCUAAUAAUGGAAUAAGAUUAUCACUUGUCAAUGGGGCAUUUGGGACCAUCAAGGCUGCUUCAGGAUCUGCAUUUCCAACUCCAUUUAUAUCACCCUUGUUUACUGGAAGCUUCCCAUCAACUCCUCUAGUUUACAGUCCCGACACUGGCACCCAGCGGGGGGGUAGAAUUGAUUUAGUCCCACCUUUGAGCUUAGAUGGACUUCAUUCUGCAAAAUCAACUGCUUCAUCCCCCGAGUCUCCCCCUAAGAGGAGGCAGCUUGCUAUGCCUAUUCUAUCCUUGCAUGAGAAAAUACAAAAUUCACUACAGGUAGGCGUAGUUCAUUUGGCACUGCAAAAUGACACACAAGGCUCCAUUUUAUGUUGGCAGAAUGAUGUAUUUGUGGUAGCAGAACCCGGAGAAUUAGCAGAGAAGUUUCUGCAGAAUGUGAAAUACAGCUUGCUAUCAAUGAUGAAGGGACGGAAGAGGAAGUAUACAUCAGUAAUUACCAACAUCUCAACAGUUGCUGAUCUUGUUUCUUGCAGGCCAUAUUUCCAGAUUGGGGGUGUGGUCCACAGAUAUAUAGGGCGCCAAACACAGGUCAUGGAAGACGAUCAAGAAAUUGGUGCUUACAUGUUCCGCCGAACUGUUCCAUCCAUGCACUUGACUCCAGAAGAUGUCCGAUGUAUGGUUGGAUCUUGGAGGGACAGAAUUAUAAUUUUCACAGGAAUACAUGGUCCGACACGAGCUAUGACGAAAGCAUUCCUUGAUUCUGGUGCCAAAGCUGUGAUAUGCCCUUCUUCCGAGCCUGAAGAGUUGCAGCUGACAUCAUUUUACGGGGCAGGUGAGUUUAGUAGUUACGAGAAUGGGAAGUUUGAGAUAGGAUACGAGGAGGGAGAAGACGAAGACCCUGAACCUUCGAGUCCAGUAAGUGACUGGGAAGACAGCGAACCUGAUAAAAAUGGGGAGCCGCCAACGAGUUUAUGGGAUGACGAUGAGAAGGAACUGAGUCAAUUUGUAAGCAGGCUAUACGAAUCAAUGUUUCAAGGUGGUGCAAGAGUGGAUGUCGCUCUAAAGCGUGUACUUGCGUCACAUAAGAGCCUCAGAUAUUCGUGCCACCUCUCGAGCAAACCGUAGAUGGGAGAGGGUACUGUUCUGUGACUUGUUGUUGGCCGUCCGAGGUAUCCACUCCCGUCGUUUUUGUAAUACUAUGUACUUGUACAUACUCAACUAUAUUAGAGGAGAAAAAUAUUAUAAGAGGAAAAUAGACAGCAAAUUAUAGGAGAAAUAAACAGAGGAAAUACACAUUUUUGAGUUAUACUACUAAUAAAAUUUUAUAUAGAGCUGACUUUUUGUUUUGUCAAGGGAGAUAGUAUCUCAUAGUUUGUAGGGAAUGGGUGUAAGCUUAUUUUGUUACCGUGUAAGCAGUAUUUUUUUUUGGAACAUGAUAAAAGAUGGUAGUGUUAUUAUCUUAUUA